CGUGACACUAAAACCUUCCAUUUCUUUCUUGCAAAUUGGACGGUUUGUCAUCCCACAGAAAAUCAGAGAUACCUGAAAUUCACCCCCACCGCCACCCCCAAAUCAGCAUUUCCAUCCAUCAUCAGAGCAAUUAGGGUUUUGAUCCUCCCAAAUUUUGCUCCGAUUUCCCCUCUUUUACACUCUCAAUCUCUCUCCUUUUUCUAAGAGUUCAGAGGGUAUCAGAAAAUGCAGGGAGGCAGAGGUGGAAGGGAUCCUUUCUUCGAUUUUGGUGACCCCUUUGGUGGUUUUGGGGGCUUUGGUGGUCCUAGGAGUUUACUCUCCAAUUUCUUUGGAGGGAGGGAACCUUUUGAUGACCCUUUCUUCACACGCCCCUUUGGGAGCAUGUUUGAAUCAAGCUUCUUUGGCCCCGGCCAAAGUCCUUUUCUGAAUAUGCAUCCAACUGGGUUUAUUGAGCAUCAGGCCCCGGAGCCAAAGAGACCAAGGUGUCCGAUUAUCCAAGAACUAAAUUCUGAUGAUGAAAAAGAAGUAGAUAAAGAGAUGAAAGAAAAUCAUAGAAAGCACGGUAGGUCGAAUGAUGAACCUUAUGUUGAGGUUCCAGAUGAUGAAGCUGAACAGUCUGAGAGAAGGAACAGGCAUUUGCAGUAUAUGGAUGGUUACAAUAAUUCAUAUCAUAGACAACAGCAACAGCCUGAAACUCGUAGCUAUACGUUUCAGAGCUCCACUGUCACUUAUGGUGGUGCUAAUGGAGCCUACCAUACUUCAUCUAAAACAAGGAGGGCUGGAAGUGAUGGAGUUACGUUUGAGGAAAGCAAAGAAGCUAACACAGCUACAGGUCAGGCAAGCCACCGGGUUUCUAGAGGACUUUACAACAAAGGUCAUUCAGUCAUGAGAAAGAUGAAUUCAGAUGGGUGGGUGGAUACGAUGCAAACCUUGCACAAUUUGAAUGAAGAUGAGCUUGCUGGUUUUGAAAAAUCUUGGAAUGUAAAUGCCCAAAAGCAUUUGCCUGGCUGGUCUGCAAGUUUUAAUGGUCAUGAUAGCAUAGGGACUGGCCGCAGUGGACAGAAUGGGCAGGCUGGUUGUGGAGGAUGGGCACUUCCUUCUACUGAGCUUUCUCAGCAGUCAGGGGAGUGAUGCUGGAUGCCAGAAACAGGGCAGUGUCCUCACACAGCCAGCAGUCUACAAGGAUGAAAGGUUCGACAGAUUUUAAGGAUAAGAGUUCUCACUUACAAGGGAAGCGCAGGGUCUAAGCUGGAAGGCACUGAGUAAAUCAUGUGGCGAAAAGGGCUUUGCCUUUUCUCAUACAGUAUCCUAUGCUUGGCCGUAGCCAUCGUUUUUAGUUAAGAGCUUUUGUUUUCCCUUUAGUUUUCAGCUCUUUAGUUGCAUAUUAUAUCACGCGUUGCUUAUGAGGUGGUAAAUGCAGAGAGGUUAGACAAUUACUGCAAAUGAUGCCCUUCUUAGUACUACGUAUGUCACAUUAUAAUCUCUUGAGUUUUCAUUGUAUAAAACUUGCAAUUUUGAGAUGAUUGCAAGUUCGUGAUUUCUUUCUUAUGCUUUUGUUCACUUUGUGAUGAAUUUAACGUUGCUGCAAUGUUGUUUUCUUGUGGAUGGCUUCAUGGCUUCUUGAUCCUAGUUCUAUCUACAGGGAGGACAGAACAUCAAAUAUUGAACAAGGCAGUUAUAUUGUUAUAUGCCGAUGAUUGGAAUGGGAACCCCAAUUUUGGGUUUUUAGGUCUGCCUCUGUUUAAAAAUUUUCUAAUUUAUGGUUAAAAUCCGUUAUACCAUUUAUACGAAAUACUAAGAGCAAGAAUGGGUGGUUGCUUCAGGCUUGUUUGGUUCAAGAUAGAAUAUAAAAAAAACGAAAGUAAAUGAAAGGAGCAAAGUGUAAAAACGAGAAAAAAAUGGUAUUUCAUGAGUCUAUAUCAAACUGAGAGAAAUGAGUUUUUCCAGUUUUUUCUCUGAA